GCCGAACGGCUCGGCCGAUGGUGUUCUUGCUCCUUUUCUACGCUGCAUGGGAAGCCUGGAGCCUUUGUGCUGACUGAGCCCGACAGGGGGGCGUGAGGGCAAGAGCCCUUUCUCGCUGUGGCUUUCCAGCAACUGUUUCUUUGAAGCUGAUUGUGAACUGUUAGUCACCUUAUGCUUGGUUCUACCUUUCCUCACUUCUGAUCCAUUGAAAUCCUGUGGAAGUUACUUGUGUGAUGUUCCAACACUAAAAAUGGCAACUAACAGCAGCGGCAUAUUGAAUUCUGCAUACCUGGCAGUAGAAUAUGUGGACUCUUUCUUGCCGGAGAACCCGUUACAGCAACCAUUUAAAAAUGUUUGGGAAUAUAUGCUAAAUAGCUAUACUAAAUUCCAGAUUGCAACCUGGGGAUCACUUCUCAUCCAUGAACUUUCUUAUUUUUUACUCUGUUUGCCUGGAUUUGUAUUUCAGUUUAUACCUUACAUGCAAAAGUAUAAAAUACAACAGGAUAAGCCAGAAACAUGGGAGAAACAAUGGAAAUGCUUCAAAACACUUAUGUUCAAUCACUUUUUUAUUCAGCUGCCUCUAAUAUGUGGCACUUACUAUUUUACAGAAUACUUCAAUAUUCCCUAUGACUGGGAAAGUAUGCCAAGAUGGUAUGUGCUGCUUGCCCAGUGUUUGGGAUGUGCUGUGAUUGAAGAUACCUGGCAUUAUUUCCUGCAUAGGCUGCUGCAUCACAAGAGAAUAUACAAGUACAUCCACAAAGUACAUCAUGAAUUUGUUGCUCCAUUUGGAAUGCAAGCUGAAUAUGCACAUCCUCUAGAAACACUUAUCCUUGGGGCUGGAUUUUUCAUUGGAAUAAUGGUCUUUUGUAAUCAUAUGAUUCUUCUGUGGGCAUGGGUAAUUUGUCGCUUGAUGGAGACUGUUGAUGUCCACAGUGGCUACGAUAUUCCUCUGAAUCCUUUGCAUUUGCUGCCUUUCUAUGCGGGGGCUCGCUUUCAUGACUUCCACCAUAUGAACUUCAUCGGCAACUAUGCAUCAACCUUCACGUGGUGGGAUAAACUCUUUGGGACAGACUCUCAGUACAACUCUUACACCGAGAAAGUGAAGAAACAGGAGUACAUGGAGGACAAGAAGACAAAAUAAGGUUUCCCUGGAAAGAGAAGGGGGAUGAGGAACAGUCAGCAGUCGCAAAUAGCUGCCAUGUGCUUUUAGUUAAAACUGAAAGAUUUAACACAUGUUGCAGUCCAAAGCAAAAUAAUGCAUAUAACGGAAACCCAAGAACAAACCUACUGUAUAUUAUCUAUCUGGUGGGGAAAAAACAUUAAUUGCUGCAUCUUCCUAAUGGGAAAAUAUUUCUAUUUUAUACAUAAAUGAAAUAUAUAUUUAAAUAAAAGGUAAAGAGAAAGGCCUUGCAUUUGAAAGUUUGCUAAUAACAAUAUAUCCAUUAGAGUUUGAUAUAAUUAUUGUAAUGUUGGCAGGAAUUAAUGUUCAACUCAUGCUAAAUGUGUACAAAGCAGUAGUAAAAGCUGAUUUUGCCAGUUUUCUAAAUGUGAGUUACUAAGUAGAAUUUCCUUGGGAGCAAAUAUGUUGGAAGAGUGUUUUGGCAGAUUUGCACAUGGUAAUGUCAAUUUAAAAACCUGAGUCUGGUGUUAGACAUUUUUAGAUUUGAGAGAAGCUUUUUUCCCCCUUAAUUUGCAAUGAAGCUAUUUUAUUUUACUGAAUUUACUCUGUCAUUGUAUUUGGUGUUUCAUAUAACUGUUUGUAAACUACUGAAUUACUGCUAUAUUUUGCACUCCUGACUGGCAGAAGAGUAAAAAUCAGAUCAUUUCUACAUGUAUCAUGUGAGGGAUAAAACCAAAUUAGGUUUUCAACUAUAUUUCCCUCUUCCUUUGGUAACUUACCACUUUCAGAAAAUAAAGAGACUGAUCUUUGA